AUGGACUUGAAGGAGAAAAAAGAUGAGAAGAAGUGGAUGAGAAGGAAAGAAGGACUGUCAGUAAGGAAUGGAUUAGAGGAGGAAAAGGACAAAGAGGAGAAGAGGAUAGAGAGGAAGGAAAGGAGGAAAGAUGGGUUGUCAAUGAGAAGGAUCGAAGGUGGAAAGGGCCGUAAUAGAGGGCAAUGCGCUCGGCGCGUGUGCAUCUCUACUUACGUCCCUCACUCGCUCGACCCCCCGCCCCUAACCCGAUCCCUCCCUCGUCUUUCCAUCUCUCCGAUCUUGUUUCCUGACUUCCUCCAAGCCCUACCCUCCUCGCGGCGCGGGCUGCCCCGCGCCGACUUCUUCUUCUACGGGGGAAUCGCAUCCGACGAAGGAACCAGAACCUGUUAUUUGAAAUCCUCUAACAUGAAAGAAACUGAGGCUCUUGGAACUCAAAGUAAAGAAGAGGAGGUAUCUCAAAUUACAGAGGCAAAUGCAUCUAUGCUUUCAGAUAAACUUGUACCAGGGACUGCAGGCAAAAGUUCUUUGGAACAGGAUGCAGCCUAUUUGAGCUUGGGUCAGGUUGGCCCUACAAACUCCUCCGAAAAUGUGGGAUGCAUCGUGGUAUCAGAAUGUAAGGAAACUAGUGGAUCAUGUUUCCCUGCAAAAGUUGAUGAAGGGCAUGAAUGCAAUAAGUUGAAUUCUGCGGGCAUUGGUGUGGAUCUUAAUGCUGUAGAGGUUUCAAGUAUGGUGGAACAAAAUCCAUUUUAUCCCUACAAAAAGUUGGGACAGGUUAAAUCUGUAGAUGCCUCCGAGAGUGGAAGCACUACUGGCCCAGUGGAGGACAGUGAACCUUUGAGAAUGUGGAAGGAAAUGAAACAGAAUGGCUUCCUAUCAUCAUCACAUGGAGGCAUACCAAUGCCCAAGCAACGUUGCUGCCAGCCCAGGAAGAGAAAAGAUGAAUUCAGAAGAAAAGCCGAGUUUGCAAGGAGAGAACAGGCUAACAGGUUCACAAAAAUUGCUGCUCCAAGUGGACUGCUUUCUGGACUAAACCCUGGGAUCAUUAAUCAUGUCAGAAACAGCAAACAGGUUCAUUCAAUAAUAGAGGCCAUAGUGCGGUCCGAGAAGCUUGAUGGUCAAAUGCAAAACAGGUUCACCGAUCAAAUGAGUAGUGAAAGUAAUGGCACCAAUGAAAGAAGGAAAGAGCAUAGCUAUGCCCAUGGUUUAGCAACCAAUCAGUUGAAUCUAUCAUUAAAUAAACUCUCUGUUCCUUCCAGCUUGGAUCGAGGUGUGGAAAUGAACAUAGCCGAAGACAAAUUUUGCCGUGAAACUUCUACAACUUCUCAGCUCAGCACAAAAGAUGAUAGUGAUGUGCUUACCCUGAAACUCUCACCAGCUACAACAGAGACAACAGAAAAUGCUAGUGGCGCAUCAACUGACUGCCACUCUGCAAACCAGGAUAACAUUACCUCUUUAUCACUGAAAGCUGCUACUGUUGCUUCUCAGUGGCUGGACCUACUUCAGCAGGACAUCAAAGGGCGUCUUGCUGCAUUGAGGCGCAGCAGGAAGAGAGUCAGGAAUGCUAUCCAGACAGAAUUACCUUACCUAUUAUCAACGGAGUUCUCAUUUAACCAAGAAAAUGAUCCCUCGUCUGUGCAUUCCUCUGAGGCUCAAUGUUUAAAGAAACCUACCCUAGAGAUGCAUGUUGCACGAUGGAGAUCUCUUUUCAGUCAGAUGGAUAAAGCACUGUACGAGGAGGGAAAACAUUUGGAGAAUUGGUUGAAACAAGUCCAAGAAAUGCAACUGCAUUGUGAGAAAGGCCUGAAAUAUGUUUGCGUGGAAGGCUUGUCACAAUUUGGUUCCUCAGAGAAUUCCAGUAAAUUGAAAAAAUCCGAGGCUCAUGAGCAGGAGUAUGCAGUGAGGGCUGCAGCAGCAUCCAUCUACUCCACAUGCAACUUGAUCAUGACAACAGAGAACGUGCCGUGUUUCUGAUUUCAUCCGAGCAUGCCUUUCCUUUAUCUAAUUAAUGCCUUGUUUGUACUCCUGUUGUGCAUUUAUCACUCCGGUGACUUAGGAAUGAAGUUUUAUUUGAUUACCCUUGUACCAUUAGUGUGUCAAUCUGUCUGAAUUAUUUCUGACAUGACUCAUUGUUCUACAUAAUUAAUCUGAAUUGAAGUACAAUAUUCCAUUUCUUUUAAUAUCA